AUGGCAUUCUUCUCCUUCGAUUCCUUUUCAACCAAGAAGAAGCGGAAGAAGACCCCAUCCGACUCCGAGUCCUCGGAAGAGCCGGCGCCGAAGAAGGCUGCCGCCCCGAAAGCUGGGAGCUCCCAGCCAACUCCUGGCGACGCAACUACGGAAGAAGUCCUUUCCCUGACAGCCUCAGCUGGCCAUCGCGAGACGGUGGGUGAGCUUCUGGCGGCCUCUGAGGACUUGAAAACCACCGCUGAGCUGAUUCGGCGGUAUAUCUUGGUCGUCCACCGGGCAUGGAAGAGGGGACAGGGCACCCAAGGAGCUGCAGAAGCCGUGCCGGAUCUCAGCUCCCUGCAGCCUCUGGUGGAUUUGGCCUCAGCCAAGGCCUUGGACGAAAAGGAGGAGGACCACAUGAGGAACUGCUGCCUGCAGUCGCUCCGUGGUGAGCACCUUCUUGCUCAAAAGAGUUACUUGGAUUUGAUCCACGGCUCCAAGACCUGGGUCACGGGAGGCCUCCUGUACAUCUCGAGUGACGAGCCCAAGGGCAACGAGCGCAUGUGGGGUCAAAAGUGGCGAAAGAUCGAAGACAAGGGCUCCCUGCUGGACAAUGCAGCCACGCAGAAAGCGCUUCAGAGUUUCAAGCGCCUCUUAUCCUACAGAGAGAAG